GAGGACGAAGAAUUCGUCGAUCUCGAACGGUGGAGGAGUUUCAGAAUUCCUUCCGUCGUCGCACUCCUUUGGCCAGUAACGUCCACAUUUCAUGCUCGGCGUGUGAGGCCCACAGAAUCCGAAGAGGAAUGGCCGACACCUGAAUCCGCGAAGACGUGAAGUUGGCACAUUUUCGAUGUCUCCUCGUUCAUUGGCUCGGCCUCUGAUCCCUUUCCUCGUGAUAAGAGCUGGAUGCGACCAGAUUUUCUCUUUCGUACUUUACGGACGAGUCUACCUCCUCGUUGCAGACAUUAAAUUUUCGCCGCUCUCCCCAGCUGGUAAUAAAAAGCCUCAAAAGCAUUUCUUUGCCUCGUAGGAUCCUGUAUCUGACUCGCAGCUUUGCGAGGCUGAAACAUCGGUCCGUACAGAUCACGCAUGGCGCAUUGAAUGCAGGAGAUUAUAUUAUAUUCCUCUACAUGGAACAUCUAGACGGACACUGCACCAACUGCUGGGCAAGUUGCAUUCGGAAUAGAGAAAGAUGAUGGAUGGGUCUCAUCGAUUGGCCGGUAAAGAAUUUCAGAGGUUAAUGACUCGAACAAUGCUCGAUUUGAUUAAGGGUCGCCUGGCCUGUCGUUCCCUUUGUGAUGUUUCUGCGUUCUGCCUCACGGACACCAUUCCGUCGAUUAUUCGUUAGGGUUUCAGGUGAGAUGGAUGCGGAUUUUCCAAUGGCUGAGACUUGACUGUGGCUUGACCUUUUGCUCCAUACUUCGUGGGCUGCUGCUGCUGGUACUGGAAGAAACAAGAACGUGAUCUGAUUCUUCCGUGGCACGAAGGAACGCGGGAGCUUGAGGCAAGGUGACAAAACCAGACCACAGGAUGUCUCCCCCUCAUAUUCUGCCAAGUUUGGAGGAAGUUGGGGCAAAAUCCCCGGCAAAUUGCUGACAAUCAGUUGAAGGACAAGUGUGUCCGAGCUGCUGCGAGCACGUGCUUCAACGAGAAAGUCAAACCAGCUUUUGGAGGAUGUGAUUAGUCCCAUGGCCAUAACAUUGGUGGGAUGUUUUACCCCGGCUCGAAUCCGUUAAAAAAGACUUCCAGAACCUCGCAAUUCGGAGGAAUGUGGAGAGAAGUUACUUGUGAACCAAGCAACGAUCUGUGAACAACCUCGUGAUUCUUUGAGAUCUCCAGACAGACAUUCUUGUGGCACAAGGAUUCGGCUGCCUUAUUCUUCUCGCCUCGUUCAGUGCACCUCCGCUCUUCCAACCCUCCUUGUGUCUCCACUUCUCACAUCUUCCUUCUCACUCGUGUCAACCACAGCAGCAUCCGAGGUAAGAUUGGUACAACCACAACGGUGGACUCAAGAGGGCACGAAAAAUGUCUCUUCAGACCACUUGAUGACCACUUAUGGGGGAACUUCUGACGGAGCACCACAAGAUGACAAGAGAACACACAAUUCCUUUUUUGCACUAUGUGUUAUUAGGCAGUGUGUAGGAAGUCCUAGAUCUUAUGCUGAUGGAUGGCCAUGGGCCACAUCAUUACAUUGGGCAGAAUUGUGAAAAAGCGAGCAGUCUAGCAAACGUAAGGAUGGGAAGACCACAUCGAGUGAUAGUGAUGAAACCGAGGGGCGGGUAGGCUGGGGUUAGGCCCUAGUAGCAUCACAAUCGUGCAGUACUUGGCGUCGUAAAAACCAGCAAUUUUGUAGCGUCUGUGCAAGAUAUCAGCACCGGUAAGGGUGUACUAUAGUUGACAAUAUCCGGUACGUAGUCCUGCAGGUGUACGCCAGGAUGAGCUUCAAGGAAACUUCAAGGACAUAGGAUUGCCAAAUGACUAGACUCCCAAAGAGUACAAGUACUGAUAAAGUGAAACAGAAAACCGAGUCACCAAGUACUUCUCUGGUGGGAACUUGGCAGAGCUUCGUCUAACUCUGCUACCGGUUAGUUGUCAUCAGUGGUCAGGGUGAAGUUCUGGAGUCUUCAGACUGUCAUCUUGAUUCUCGACCAUACGAGAAGACUAUUGUAGAUUCACUGGACACGGGAAACUGCCAGAAGGACCCUGAGACCUAAAGAAUCACCGAAGCAUGUCUUGUAGGAUUGGAGAGUGAAUGGGUCACAAGCAUGUACAAAAUAUCUCAAUAAGUUUUCAAAUCUCGAUAGAAUUCUGCACCAUUGUACGAGAGGUUGGUACAGAAGACUGAACUUCCUCCUACAGCUUCAGGAAAGCCAUUAUUGCCUUGCGGCACGAGCAUCACAUUUAAACGCCACAGUAGCAGCUGUUGUCUUGAGAGAGGGAAUUCACUGCAGCUGGAGUGUAUUCCAUUGAGAUCCGGGCGUGGAGCAUCGGUGAAGGCAGAGAAAAUUUGCGAGCAGUUUUUAAAUAUACCUCUGACAUUGGAUAACAGUUGUAGUACUGAACGGGACACUUUAUUCAAGCAUCCUCAGAUCCGAUAGAAAGACCGAUCCCCAUGAUGCAGGCAAUAUCAGGUGUGCGAGUGCUAAGACGAUACGUACUUCGAUGUACAGAAUACGUUUUGCCGGAACUUACUUCCAAUCAUCUUCUCUUCAUAGAUGGUUCAACCCAACUUCAACCUAUCGACCGAGAGGAUCAUUCCACUUCCUUAAGAUUUCCUUCUGAAUUCAAUUCAGUACCCAACACAGUCAACCUCUCUGGAGAAGAGAAUUCCCAGCAUUCCCUCUUCAGCUUCGACCUUGGAUCAAAAUUUUGAUGAAUCUUAUCAGACUGGCCAUGACGUGUCACAAAGUGACAAGUCAGUGUUCCUAAUUGUCCUACUACCAUGGAUUUAAUAAUCUAGGAGUUAGUUCAUUUACGUCUUUGGUUGCAUUAAGAUUCAUUUCUUCUACCAUACGUAACUCAUAACUUACUUGACUAUAGUUUAGCGUUAGGUUUCCGAGCUAGUCCUUCAAGCUCUAGUUUGAGACAUGUGAGAGUACACUCUAAGG